CUCUAUUCUUGCUGUCCUGGGAAGCCAGGGCCAUGCCCAUCCUGGCCCGGCCUGACUGCGGUGUUCUUCUCCAGGCUGGCUUCUGUCUGGAUGCUACUCUGCGAUCCUGGGGGCUGCAGCUGACGGAGCAGCCUUUGCAGUCCACCAUGCUGACGGGGAUUGUGAUUGGAGCCCUCCUGGCCCUGGCCCUCGUUGGCGUCACUGUCUUUUUUGUGUACAGAAGGGUUAGCCAAUUCCGACAAGUGCAGCCCACUCCUCAGUACAGGUUCCGGAAGAGAGACAAAGUGAUGUUUUACGGCAGGAAGAUCAUGAGGAAGGUGACCACACUCCCCCACACGCUUGUGGGGAGCACAGCUGCCCCCCGGCAGCGGGUGAGAAAGAGGACCAAGGUGUUGUCUUUGGCCAAGAGGAUUCUGCGUUUCAAGAAGGAAUACCCUACCCUGCAGCCAAAGGAACCCCCGCCCUCCCUGCUGGAGGCUGACCUCACGGAGUUUGACGUGAAGAAUUCUCACCUGCCGUCAGAAGUGUUGUACAUGCUGAAAAACGUUCGGGUCCUGGGCCACUUCGAGAAGCCACUGUUCCUGGAACUUUGCAAACACAUGGUCUUUGUGCAGCUGCUCGAAGGGGAGCAUGUCUUCCGGCCAGGGGAGCCGGACACCAGCAUCUACGUGGUGCAGGACGGGCGGCUGGAAGUCUGCAUCCAGGAUGCGGACGGCACGGAGGUGGCGGUGAAAGAGGUUCUGGCCGGAGACAGUGUCCACAGUCUCCUCAGCAUCCUGGACGUCAUUACCGGCCACACCGCACCAUACAAAACAGUGUCUGCCCGCGCCGCUGUCCCGUCCACCAUCCUCCGGCUUCCUGCUGCGGCUUUUCAGGGAGUGUUUGAGAAAUAUCCUGAAACCCUGGUGAGAGUGGUACAGAUCAUCAUGGUGCGGCUGCAGAGGGUCACCUUUCUAGCUCUGCACAACUACCUGGGCCUCACCACAGAGCUCUUCAACCCUGAGAGCCAGGCCAUCCCCCUCGUGUCUGUAGCCAGUGUGGCUGCUGGAAAGGCCAAGAGGCAGAUGAGCUGUGGCCCCGAGGAGAGGCCCCUGCGGCCCCAGGAGUCCUGUGACCCAGAUCAUGGGGGCAGCCGUGCAGCAGCCUCUGGGCCUCUGCUGAAGAGGAGCCACUCCGUCCCGCUGCCUUCUGUCCACGAAGAGAUCUCAGACAAGGUUGGCAAGGCCCAGGCAGGUGACCAGGCCCCUUCGGCUCCACCAGGGAGCACAGCAGGUGCCCCCUCAGACCUGAGGAUGGCAUGUGACCGUGCCAGGGUCCUCCUACAGGCAGAGGAACGCCCCGGGAGCGCCAUGGCCAGCAAGUCCAAGAAAAACGUGGUUGUUGCAGAGACCCCCUCUGCGGUCUUCCACUAUGAGGAGAGCACUUCGGACGAGACUGUCCCCAACAGGAAGACAGACGCCAUCUUCAGAGCCGCCAAGAAGGACCUGCUCACCCUGAUGAAGCUGGACGACCCUUCGCUGUUGGAUGGCCGGGUGACGCUUCUCCAUGUCCCUGGGGGCACAGUGGUGUCGAGGCAGGGAGACCAGGAUGUGAACAUCCUCUUUGUGGUCUCGGGGCUGCUGCACGUGUACCAGCAGAAGAUUGACAGUGAGGAGGACACCUGCCUGUUUGUCACGCGCCCCGGGGAGAUGGUGGGACAGCUGGCUGUGCUCACCGGCGAGCCCCUCAUCUUCACCAUCAAGGCCAACAGGGACUGCAGCUUCCUGUCCAUCUCCAAGGCACACUUCUAUGAGAUCAUGCGGAAGCAGCCGACCGUCGUCCUGGGCGUGGCACACACCCUGGUGAAGCGGGUGUCUUCCUUUGUGCGGCAGAUCGACUUUGCGUUGGACUGGAUGGAGGUGGAGGCCGGGCGUGCCAUCUACAGGCAGGGGGACAAGUCGGACUGCACCUACAUUGUCCUCAGUGGCCGGCUGCGCUCAGUGAUCCAAAAGGACGAUGGCAAAAAGCGCCUGGCGGGGGAGUAUGGCCGCGGAGACCUCAUCGGUGUGGUAGAGACGCUCACCCGCCAGGCCAGGGCGACCACAGUGCAUGCCGUUCGGGACUCAGAGUUGGCCAAGCUUCCGGCUGGAGCCCUGACAUCCAUCAAGCGCAAGUACCCGCAGGUUGUGACUCGGCUGAUUCAUCUCUUGGGAGAGAAGAUCUUGGGCAGCCUUCAGCAGGGAGCUGUGACAGGUCACCAGUUUGGGCUACACACGGCAGGCAGCAAGUGGGACUCGGGGAACCCUCCCAGCAACCUGUCCACAGUGGCCGUCAUGCCCGUGUCAGAGGAUGUACCCCUCACCGCCUUUGCCCUGGAGCUCAAGCAUGCCCUCAGCGCUAUCGGCCCCAUCCUGCUGUUGACGAGCGACAACGUAAAACAGCGCCUUGGCUCUGCUGCUCUGGACAGUAUCCACGAGUACCGGCUGUCCAGCUGGCUGGGGCAGCAGGAGGACAUCCACCGGAUAGUGCUUUACCAGGCGGACAGCACGCUCACGCCCUGGACCCAGCGCUGCAUCCGGCAGGCCGACUGCAUCCUCAUCGUGGGCCUGGGCGAGCAGGAGCCCACGGUGGGUGAGCUGGAGCGGAUGCUGGAGAGCACAGCCGUGCGCGCCCAGAAGCAGCUGAUCCUGCUGCACCGGGAGGAGGGGCCCGCACCUUCCCGCACCGUGGAGUGGCUCAACAUGCGGAGCUGGUGCUCUGGUCACCUGCACCUCUGCUGCCCGCGCCGCGUCUUCUCCAGGAGGAGCAUGCCCAAGCUGGUGGAGAUGUACGAGCGGGUCUUCCAGAGGCCCCCAGACCGGCACUCCGACUUCUCCCGCCUCGCACGUGUGCUGACCGGCAAUGCCAUCGCCUUGGUGCUCGGGGGAGGGGGAGCAAGAGGCUGUGCCCAGGUGGGCAUCAUCCGGGCCCUGGCAGAGUGCGGCAUCCCCGUGGACAUGGUUGGAGGGACAUCCAUCGGGGCCUUCAUGGGUGCCCUGUACUCUGAGGAGCGGAACUACAGCCAGAUACGGAUCCGGGCCAAGCAGUGGGCUGAGGACAUGACGUCUAUGGUGAAGACCAUGCUGGACCUGACCUAUCCCAUCACGUCCAUGUUCUCGGGGGCCGGCUUCAACAGCAGCAUCUACAGUGUCUUCAAGGACCGGCAGAUCGAGGACCUGUGGAUCCCCUACUUCACCAUCACCACGGACAUCACUGCCUCUGCCAUGCGGGUCCACACAGAUGGCUCCCUGUGGAGGUAUGUGCGUGCCAGCAUGUCCCUGUCAGGCUACAUGCCCCCCCUCUGUGACCCCAAGGACGGACACCUGCUAAUGGACGGCGGCUACAUCAACAACCUCCCAGCGGAUGUGGCCAGGUCGAUGGGGGCAAAGGUGGUGAUUGCCAUUGAUGUGGGCAGCCGGGACGAGGUGGACCUCACCAACUAUGGCGACGCACUGUCUGGGUGGUGGCUGCUGUGGAAGCGCUGGAACCCCUUGGCCACGAAAGUCAAGGUAUUGAACAUGGCAGAGAUCCAGACGCGCCUGGCCUACGUGUGCUGCGUGCGGCAGCUGGAGAUGGUGAAGAGCAGCGACUACUGUGAGUACCUGCGCCCCCCCAUCGACAGCUACCGCACCCUGGACUUUGGCAAGUUCAACGAGAUCUGCGAAGUGGGGUACCAGCAUGGGCGGACAGUGUUUGACAUCUGGGGUCGAAGUGGUGUGCUGGAGAAGAUGCUACAGGAUCGGCAGGGGACGAGCAAGAUGAAGCCAUGUGAUGUCCUCCCCUGCCCCAAUGCCUCCUUUACGGACCUUGCUGAGAUUGUGUCGCGAAUCGAGCCUGCCAAGGCGGCUGCAGUGGAUGAUGAAUCUGACUACCAGACCGAGUACGAGGAGGAGCUGCUGGAGGGCGCCCAGGACGCGUACGCUGACUUCCAGAGCUCCCUGGCCGACUCAGCCUCCGACUCGGAGGAUGAGCUCUCACUUCGGCAUCGGGACCCCAGUCUGGCAUCUCCAAAACCGUCCCAGGACUCCUCAUCCCCCUGGCUGUCUGACCAAGAUGGGUAGAGGUCUCUGCUCUGAUGUGCCCUGAAGCCAGCAUCUUCUGUGGGCCUGUCCCAGAGACUGUGGCUCCUGCAGCUCCUGAGGGCCCUUCCCUGGCCUGCUAGGGAGACCGGGCUGGGGCCCAGGGCCCUGCCUGCCAGUGCAUCCAGCUUCUCCCGUGCUGGGGCCCAAAGCUAUGUUGGCGUGUCUCAGGUCUCUGUGCACUGGCAGCUCCUGGUGGGGCGCUCGGUCCUGGCACCCCCUGCACACACGGCAGCCCUAGGAGGCCAUGCCAGCCCCUGAGAGCCCCAGUGAGGCCACUGAGAGAUGUUGGAGCCCCUGAUGCUUCCAGUUAGCGAGUCAAUAAAGGUAGAUCUGACUGUG